UCACCGACGCCACUCAGAGAGGGAGAGCUAAGCAGAAAUGAACCCGACUCAGAGUGCAGUCGUCCUGGCGGCAACACUUAGUGUUGUCUGCUUAGCCUGGCCGCACACGGUUAUGGCUAUAGACCUCUCCAGGCUCUACGGCCACGUAUCGACCAAACGGAACACUGAAGCAUGCCAUCCAUAUGAACCCUUCAAGUGUCCUGGAGAUGGCGCUUGCAUUUCAAUUCAGUACCUUUGUGACGGAGCGCCAGAUUGCUUAGAUGGUUACGACGAAGAUUCAAGACUCUGUACCGCUGCUAAAAGGCCGCCAGUCGAAGAGACAUCCAGCUUUCUGCAGUCAUUGCUUGCAAGCCAUGGACCAAACUAUCUGGAGAAACUAUUCGGAAGCAAAGCCAGAGAUGCAUUGGCACCUUUGGGUGGAGUCGAUAAAGUUGCAAUUACACUUUCUGAAUCACAGACCAUUGAAGAUUUUGGAGCAGCUUUACAUUUGAUGAGAUCAGAUCUUGAGCAUUUACGUUCUGUUUUUAUGGCGGUUGAAAAUGGGGACUUGGGAAUGUUGAAAAGCCUUGGGAUAAAAGAUUCUGAGUUGGGCGAUGUCAAGUUCUUUUUGGAGAAACUUGUCAACACCGGCUUCCUCGACUAGAAGCGUAAUAUUGACCAAUUCCAAUUCGAGUCCUACCCCUGCCCCUAAUCAAAACUAAGUAAACUCUAUCGAGGCCAUGAUGACUUCCCCAUUCCUUGAAAAUACCAGAAUUAACAAUAGUUUACCUUAAUCACCAUAUUGUAGGUGAAUCAGUAUGGCUCUUGCAGUAUUUACAAUAUUGAUUGCUACAACGAUUUCAAAGUAUUUAUUAUAUUUUAAUGGAAGUGUAUAUACUGGUAUUUUUUCCCUUUUAGUAGGUAGUUGGAAUUAUAUCAUUAAUACGUAUAAUGGAAAAAAAUUAUCUCCAACGUUUUCGUAUUAUAAGUAAUAAACAGAUACAUAUCAAGAAAAUCGUGAUUAAAAUCUAAAUGUCUUUAUAGUUUUAAGUGUAAUAAUAUUUUCUUAAUAAAUAUUUUAACAAACCCUAAAUCGUCUGUGAGCUGAUGUGCUUAUAAAGUUGAAUUUAUGUUAAUAUAGAUUUCCAUCCAGAAAGUGAUAUAGAAAUCAAAAUAAUAUGGUAUUAGAGGAAAUGUAAUUUUUACUUUUGCUUAGAGAAUGAUUAAGGAUGACUAUAUGAAUAACCGAUUAGUAUUUACGAUUGAUAUAUGCUUGUUUGUGAUGAUAUAAGAUAUAAAUAUAAAAAAUAAUACCAUUUUUUCACAUUUUGAGGCUUAAAAAUAUUAUUUUUCUGCUUGGGCUCCCCCUGAAGCAAUUAAGCAUUUAGAAUGUAAAUUCUAGUGUGUGUAAUAACUAAAACAAUAAUAUGAAAAAAAUGAUAUUUUUAAUAUAAAUCUGGCUGUGGUCCCACAAGUAACCAUAUAGAGGACUAGUUAUAGCCCGUUAAAAAUAAUUUAUUUAAACUUUUGAAUAGUAUAUAAUAUCAAUGUAACUAGUAUUCGACAAGUAUCAACUUUAUAAGUAUGUAGUUCAUGGAGGAUUGAUGGAUAAAUGUUGCUAUUAACAUAUCAAAUUGUAACAGACACAUAUCAUUAUAUUACGCUAUGUAACAUUAACAUAUCAUUCGUAUACUCGAAGUUAGGCAUCACGGUUGGAAAUGUUUAAUUCUAGAUAACGGCCUGACACUGAAAGAAAGAACAAUAAUAACUUUGAUGCCUUUCUUCUUGAUUCUAUCGGUGUUUAUUACUUUUACUUUUUAAUGUUUAGAAACGUGACAAAUAAAAUUGUAGUAUUUCAAGUGCUUUUUUUUAUAUUUGACUCAAAACGUUUCGGCAAAUGAUUUUCAUUUGUCGGAAUUUUAACACCAUUUCUGGCAUUUUUUAACCAUCUUAAAUAAACCAUUGGAAAUGAAAUAAGAAAGCAUUUGAUUAGUACAUUUUUAUAAUCCCAGUUUUUAGAAAUUUAAAGCCUCCCAAACCUACAGCACUUUUUGCAGUUUUAAAUGCAUUAAUUAAAUUUUAGAAGUCAACACCAAAGUAAUUAAUGUUAAAGGUAUAUUAUACAAAUAAUAUAAUUUAGUUAAGCGUUUAAUACUCCUGUUUUUUACUUUUCUUAAUUAUUAAAAGCUAUUGAAAAUAUACAAUUUUGAUUAGUUUAUCAUUAGUGCGAUUGACCUUUUAUUUCCUAUAAUUUCUGGUUUAUUUGGAUCUUGUAAAUUUUGAGGUUUGUAUGCACCCUUGGGAAUAAAGACUAACAGUAUAAUUAUAAUCCUUAUACAUAUGUUCACAAUCUACUGUGACCUUUAUUAUUGUGUAUAAUGUUAUUUGUAUGUUGUUUUUAAUUAUUUUAAUUAAAUAUUAAAGAAUAAAAGUUAUAUUGUAUUUUGUGAAUGUGAUCAAAAGAAAUUUAUCUUUGUUGCAUUUUGUUAUAGAUUUAAGAGUAAUUAAGCUAAAUAAAGAGAUAAUUUUUCAACAUAAAAUAACUCUUUCAUAGCCUCCUUUAAUAAA